AGUGUACAAUUGACACCGAGAGCGGCCGUAAGCUUACGGCGCAUAAAUUUACAGAAUUUCCGUGCCUAUAUACACUUGAAACUCGAAUUCAAAUCCAAAUUAAUUUGUAAGUGCAGCAUCGCUGCCAUGCUUAGACGUGCAGCAGUCAAACAAUCAUUUUAACCGGCUGUAAAAAACGUCGGGCAACGGCAAACUGCCGCAGUGAAAAAAGUGAAAAUUCGAGUGGUGUUCAGUUUAGCGAGUACGUUGCAUGAGUGUGUGCGUGUGCGUGUCGUGUGUGUGUGUGUCUGUGCGUCUUACGUCUUACGCUACGUUACGUUGCAAGUGAAAUUUCUUCUGCGACACUUUCCAGCGGCAAAUGAAAUUGUUUGUUUAUUUUCCUCUCAAAGCAGCAGCAGCUACACAGAAUCUAGCAACUGCCCGCAAAUGUUGUUCCCGAAAUAUAAUUCUUUUUGAUGUACGACGCAAUCAGCAUACAAGUCUUAAAUAAUAUUGUCGCACAUAUUUGCUUACGCCUGAAAACCCUGCAAGGGAAAGAUGCGUGUCUCAGCACAGCUCAGUUCAGCAGAUGCUGUUGAAACUUCAGGCGAGGAUCAUGAAAGAUGCACGAAUAUGACAUAAAUGAGCUGAGAGAGGAACAAGCCCGUCUUCCGACAAGCACCAGCAGCACCAGCACAAGCAGCAAAAACAAUUGUCGCAAUAAUCAACAACAACUACAACAACAAAUUCAUAUUCAAUCGCCGAGGCAAGAAACAACAACUUUACACCUACUACAACAAUCACAACAGGAGGCUUCCACAAACCUAAUUGCAACUGACGACCCGCAACAAUUGUCGCCGUCGUCCUCAUACUCCUCGGCCACAUAUCCAGCGACUCAGCACGAGUACACAGAUCCAAUCGUAGAGCCACCCAAAGCCAAAGUUGAGGUCCAAGUACCGAAGCGUAGGCGACAGCGACGCGUUUAUGUUGCAGAGUUUUCACGUUGCGCCAGUCUACGUUCACGGCAAUUGGCUCCCGUCGAGGUAAUUCCUCUGCCGGAAAUACCACUAACUCCUUCGCCAACGCCCACCGAGGUUAUCGAGGAUCAUAAAAGUUAUUACAUAAAGCCAGAACAUUUCAAUUCCGAGUUCUGGAAUCGCAUUGAGGAGGUGCCCGAGGUAAAGCCAACGGGACGCAAGAGACGCGGCGCCGUCGGUUUUAGGAAUCGCAAGCGUCGCAACCGGCCUGAUCUCGAUACGUCGUCGAUCUUCUCGCCGGAGACGACGGCGGCAAUAGCGGCGGCCCAAAUUGAGCUCGAUUCGGCCAAGCCGGUGUCACGUGCAUUUCGCAAGCGAAAACUGAGCAGCGGCAACAUGUCCUUAUACGAUCGACGCUACCAGACGUCCAACGAUGAACAGCGGCGGGUGGCCAACGGUUAUGCCGGUGGCAAUGGGCUGCGAGCGGGCAAUUCAGCCGGUGCCGGUGACAUCGAUACAGCAGAUCUGCAAAUUACCCAUCAUUAUUAUGUGCCCGGUGUGGGGGGCAGCAGCAGCUCGAGCAUUGCAACCACUGGCACUGGCUCGGGACUCAAUGGGAGUGUCGGUGGUGGCAGCGGCUCAGCAGCAUUGAAUCAUGUGCCCGCCAUGGGCACACUGUGCAACAUUGGCAACACAUGCUAUCUAAAUUCUGUGGUGUAUACGCUACGUUGUGCCCCGCACUUCCUGCACAAUCUGCACCAUCUUAUCCACGACCUGAAUGUGGUGCAGCAGACGAUGUUGCGACAGCACAACGCCAAAUCUGCAUCGCUAGGACGCAAUGUGAGCGGAGCUGCUCAAUUAGAGCAUGCGCGCAGUUGGAGCAGCAAGGAUUUGGCCACCACAGAGCCAUCGUACAACAACAGCACCGUCAGCGUCACAAAUGGCAGCAACACCAGCAACAAUGGCAACAACACCAGCGGAAGCAGCACCAAUAAAAAGUCAUCUCAUCAAGUGGUUAGCGAGAUGUUGCAUGAAUUGUACAACAGUCUGCAUGGCAAUGAAAUGGCCGAUUCCAGUGAACCGUAUCAUGCGGACACCCUGCUCCAUGCCGUGCAGGAUGUGAAUGCCACGUUCGAGGGCAAUCAGCAGCAGGAUGCGCACGAGUUUCUCAUGUGUCUCCUCAAUUGUAUACGUGAAACGAAUCAGUCGCUCCUCAAGGCCAUUGCCGAUUGUCCCGAAGUCAUUGCAAAUGGUUACAUUGCCAAUCCCGAUGAUGCAGACACAGUAGAUGCCCUGGAACGCUCUGAUGCGGGCGGCAAUUAUGCAAUGUUGGGCACUGCUGGGAAUGGUUCGAUAGCAACUAGUCAAAGUCAAAAUACCACAACGACAAAAACAUCGUUCUUCUCGCGCAAGUCAAAGAGAAAAGAUGAUGUGAAAUCGUCGAAGGCGACACGCUUGCAGUCGCCGCUUAAGGACAACAGUCCGACAACAGCUAGUGGCAUGCCACCACAAGCGCAUGCCGCCUCCAAUAGUCUUUUCUAUUUGAAUACAGUCGAUCUCAGCGGCGCUAGCGGCGCCACAACAGGCACAGCCACACCAUCAGCUUCAGUGUCAAUGACAAAUGCACCUGCGCCUGCUAAAUAUUCCAGUGAUGAUGAGAUAAGUUCAGCCAUUCAGCUCAAGGAUAAGAUGCGCCUGGAGGAGCGUAUACGUGAACUGAAUUUGAACUUUUUCAACAAAGAUUUCGAGGGCAUUGUGGUGCUGACCACCAAAUGCCUGAGCUGUGAGACGAUUACGCGUCAGAAGCAGGGCAUGCUCGAUAUCUCAGUACCUGUGCCGAUUUCGGGUUACGAUACUGCCGAGUUGCAGGAAAAACCCAGCGCUUAUAUACAGAACUCGUGCAUAACCCGUGAAUAUUUUCGAGGCGAUAACAAGUACAGCUGUAAUCAGUGUACGGGCUACACUGAAGCCAUACGCUCGAUAUCGUACGAAGUGCUGCCGCGUCUGUUGGUCAUCCAGUUGAAUCGCUUCUCGGGUGGCAUGGAGAAGGUCAGCACGUAUGUGCCGACAACAUUUACGCUGCCCUGCUUCUGUGCCAAGUGUUGUGAGCUAAGCGAUGCCAACAAACUGCACGUCUACAAGCUGUAUAGUGUUAUCACACAUGUGGGCGCCACACUGACAGUGGGCCAUUACAUAGCAUACACAUGCAUUCUGGAUUUGGCCAGUGAUUAUGUUAAUUGCCCCAAGGAUCGUCGCAAUAAUACAUCAUCAUCGGCAAGUGGGCAGCAACAGCAGGCGUCAUCAUCGGCCGGUGGCAAUGAGAACACUGCACCUAGCAGCAACAAUGGCAGCAUCAGCAUUGCCAGCACACCCGUCUCGGCGGCUGCCUCAGCGCUGGCUUCGUCCGGCACCAGUCUGAUUAAGAAGAUGAAAUUUGGUCGCAGCAAGGCGUCGAGCAGCGGCGAUAUGAGUAAAAAUGUUAAACAAUUGAAUGGCUUUACGAGCAAAACGAUUACCAAUGGCAUUGGCAAGCUGAGCAUGAAUACCACAUGCCAUGGCGUCAAUUGUUGUGCGAUGCGUCUGUGUUGCAGCCAACAGGCAAGUGCCGCGGGCAGCAACAGUGCCAGCAGCAGUGAUUUCAGUGAGGAAUCCCUGCAAAAUGGGAGCAACAGUAAUCUUAGCUAUGGCAGCUCCGCCAGCAAUAAUUGUCCGCCAUAUCCGGUGGGGUAUGGGAGCACGGGUCGCGGCGGUGUCAAGGCCAACUAUGCGGCGAACAGCAGCGAGCCCACUUGGUAUAUGUGCGAUGAUGACAAGGUCAAGGCGAUGUCACAGCGCGAUUUCGAGGAGCUGCUGUCGCCCACACGCAAAAUAACCAUAACACCCUAUCUACUAUUCUAUGCCCGUUUCGAUUUGCAGCCGGCGCAGGCGACACCACCAAAGCCGAAUGCAUCGUCAACGCCACCGCCGCCACCGACAGCGUCACAUCAGCAGCAGCAGCAGCAACCACAAAGCUCUUGGUCGAAUGAUAAUCUGCAAAGUGGCUUGCACAAAAUGUGAAAGGCUUUUGCCACGCUGCGUUCGGCAAUUAAAUUGAAACGUGCUGUGCCCCUCACCGGUGGCAGCAUAUAAAGUAAGCAGAUCUAUGUAGUAGUUUUUGCAACUGAGGUGGUACUAUAUAGAAACCUACUUACACACAAUAUACAUAUGCAUACAUAUAUACGUCUCUAGAUUAGGUCACACGAGUGAAGCAGAAGUCUGUUUGUUAAACAAUGUACACGUUUAAGCUCUUAUCGUUUAUCUACAUGCAUAAAAAACAAAACAAAUCAAAAAAAAAAAAAAAAAAAGAAGAAAUGAUAAAAGAAACAAAUCUACAAUUUAAUAACUAAAUACGGAAACUUGUUUAAAGCUAAUUAACCUUUUGACUGAUGAAACAAGCAACAACAAAACCCACUCCCUCCCCCAGAUACAAAACAAAAGAAAACAAUGUGUAAAACCCGCUCGGCUGGAUGGACCCCAUCGUGGGGGAUCUUUGCUGGGCAUCUGUGUAGGUUAGUUGAUCCCAGUUGAAUGCUAACGUUAACGAAUUGAAUUAGUUUGACACAUGGCAUUUAAAAUGUAUUUUGAAUAAAGUUCUACUUAUUUUUUUUCCUUGCA